CCGCCAUUAUCGUCAACCUCCGAAGCUCUUCCGAACUACCAGAUAUCAGAAAUGGAGAAUAAAGAUAAGAUCAAAAUCGCAUUUACAAUCUCUUGUCUGGCUGUGGUUUCUAUCGUACUUGCGAACAAAAUUCGUAAACAUAGAAAACGAAAACAGAACAUAAGCUCUUGUUACUUGAAAUCAGAAGCAAAACCGCAACAAAAUUUUAAGCGUGUUCUGGCCAGCAAUUCCUACGCUCCGUUCAAGCACCUCAAGCUCGACGACAGUUCUUCGGAUUUGCAUCCUUAUGAGUCGGAGAUCAAAGCUUUGUUGGAGAAACCCCAGCUAGAAUUUGAAUUCUGUAAUGCGAUUAUGGAUAUGGACAUGAGUGAUACGUAUGUAUGGGUUGAUGAUGAAUCAAAGUUAGAAGAACUUGUUGAAGUUUUGAGUAAAGAAAGAGUAUUUGCUGUGGAUACUGAACAACAUAGCUUACGGUCUUUCUUAGGGUUUACAGCUCUUAUCCAGAUCUCUACAAGAAAGGAAGAUUAUUUGGUGGACACCAUAGCUCUUCAUGACAUCAUGGGAAUACUUUGCCCUGUAUUUGCCAAUCCCAAUAUAUGCAAGGUGUUCCAUGGUGCUGAUAACGAUAUUAUAUGGCUACAGAGGGAUUUUCAUAUUUAUGUUGUAAACUUAUUUGACACUGCAAAGGCUUGUGAUGUGUUAUCUAAACCACAGAGAUCGUUGGCCUACUUACUGGAAACAUAUUGCGGUGUGACCACUAACAAACUCUAUCAGCGUGAAGAUUGGCGACAACGUCCGCUGCCAACAGAUAUGGUUGAAUAUGCUCGUAUGGAUGCACACUAUUUACUCUAUAUUGCAGAUUGUCUUGUUGCUGAGCUGAAACGCCAGAAAAAUGAAAAUUCAGCCGGUCUUGAAGACAAAUUCUAUUUUGUUUUUGAGGCCAACCGGCGUUCCAAUGCCUUGUGUCUGCAACUUUACACCAAAGAACUAGAAGCUUCCCCAGGGCAGUCUGCUGCAUCUUCAAUUAUUUCCCGUCACUUGAAUGAUCAUGGAAGUCCUACAAAUAACAGUCAGUUUCAAGAUCUUGUUAGACGUCUAUGCUCUUGGAGGGAUUUGAUGGCCCGUAUGCAUGAUGAGAGCCUUAAAUAUGUAUUGUCCGAUAAUGCUGUUGUAGCUCUUGCUGAAAAAGUUCCAUCAACUGCAACAGAUAUUUGCACUACAAUAUCACAAGCUGAUAUAGAGAUGGACUCUGUCAGUUCUAACUCUUCCCCUCGGUUUCCAUCCUCUGUUGUCUUAAGUCAUUUGGAUGACUUUCCUUACCUCCUUCAAGAUGAGAUAAACAAUCUUGAUGAUAUAUUUCAACUAGUCCUUAAGAAGCACCUUGGUCCAAAUGGUUCUUGUCCUUUUUCUCUUUAUAAUUAUGGCCUAUUGUCUAAAAGUAACACCAAAGCGUCAAAGAGAUUAGUUUCAAAGAAAAAUGGGUAUAACUUUACAAAAAAAGUUACUCGGAAGGCUUCUCGAGAGCUUUUUGUCCAGAAGUUUUCCUGCAAAUCUCCAGUCUAUCACAACUGCAGGAUAUACGCCAACGAUGGACGACUGUUAUGUUACUGUGAUCGAAGAAAGCUAGAAUGGUAUUUGCAGCGAGAUCUGGCAAAACUCGUUGAUGAAGACCCACCAGCCAUUAUGCUUCUCUUUGAACCCAAAGGUCGCCCAGAAGAUGAAGGAAAUGAUUUUUAUAUUCAAAGUAAGAAAAACAUAUGUGUAGGCUGUGGUGAAGGAAAUCAUUAUUUACGCUACCGCAUCAUCCCAUCAUGCUAUAGAAUACACUUCCCUGAACAUUUGAAAAGCCAUCGAUCUCAUGAUAUUGUUCUAGUUUGUGUGGAUUGUCAUGAAAAAGCACAUUCUGCUGCUGAGAAGUACAAGAAGAAAGUAGCAUCAGAAUUUGGGAUACCACUAUUCGUACACAAAGUGGUUAAUUCUAAUGAAGAACAUGAUGUCUCUGGAUCUUCCACAUCUCUUAUGAAACUUGGUGAUGGAGGUGUGUCUCCUUUAGAGUUGCGAACCGCAGCAAUGGCUCUCUUACGGCAUGGACCAAGGAUGCCACCUGGGCGCCGUGAGGAACUGAAAGAGGUUGUCAAGAAGUAUUAUGGAGGAAGAGAUAUAUCCGAGGAAGACUUAGAAAAUGCUUUACUGGUCGGAAUGAGUCCUCAUGAGAAAAGACGAAUGAGGAAAAAGAGAGGUUUGUCUCUUAAUAGUUCUUCAAGGAACUUUGUCUCAGACAAGGAAGUGGAGAGCAGUAAUGGUGGUGUGCAACUUUCUUCCUCCAAUAAGGCACUGAAUAUUGAUAUCGAAGAUGGAUCAGAUGCAUCUAAAGAAGAGCCAAACCUGGUUGCAACAGAUAACAUUAGCGACACCCCUUCUUUAUAUUCAGCAUUUAGCAAAAAUGAAAUAUACGAGCCUAAAAAUGCUUCUAUUUUGGAUUUGAAUGUUGAUUCUGAAAUUACAGAUCCAUCUGUCAAACAAAAUGGCUCCAUUCACCCGAGUUCUGAUAGUGCCAUCUUCGCUACAUGCAGUUCAAAGCUAUCAUUAUUAGGUCAUGGACCACAUGGAAAGCAAGUUGUUGAUUUCCUGAUGAAGGAACAUGGGGAUGAUGGGGUUCGCGAAUUUUGUCAAAGGUGGAGACAAGUAUUUGUUGAAGCCAUUCAUCCUCGUUUUUUACCUGCAGGCUGGGAUGUGACGCACAGGAUAUGACUGGACGAUUUUUUGCCAGUGGUAGAAGAGAGUUUGGGGAGUUCAGCGUGUAUAAUCCUGCAAAUAAGGCCCCAACACCUGCUACUGCUGCUAAGGAUUAAGGAGAUCAUCCGAAGAAGGUGAUGUUGUAGUUUCGUUCGUGUAUGUUUCCGGUUUGUUAUUGAUUCAGAAAACAUAGGGGCGUCUUUCGUUGUUUGUUUGUAUCGUUGCAUCAUUUAAUAGGUAAAUAACAAGAAUCACACUAGACGUUUUAGGUCUGACUCUUUUUUAGUAACAAUUUUUCUCUUUAGUGAAAUCAAGUACAUUGAGAUCCU